GGGAGGGUUCCCAGCCCCGCACAGGAGGAGGGGCCGGGGCAGCCCCCGGGGGUGCGGGGCAGCGGCGCGGGGGGCCCGGCCCCUCCCCGGGCCCUCCCCGAGCCCUCCCCGGGCGCUGCGUGAUGGUGGGGCGUGGGUUGGCUUUGUUUGUGUUUUUGUCAGAUGUGAAUCCAAAUGGAGCGGUCGGAAGGAGGCGAGCAGAGCCAGCAGCCGCAGCCCUGGGGGAAGCUGACCCGGCUGGGCGCAGAGGAGGCAGAGCCGCACGUCCUGCUGCUGAAAAGGGAAUGGACCAUCGGCAGGAAGAAAGGUUGUGACUUAUCUUUCCCUGGCAACAAGUUGGUGUCUGGAGAUCACUGUAAAAUCAUAGUGGAUGAAGAAUCUGGUCAGGUGUCAUUGGAAGAUACAAGUACUAAUGGAACAGUAAUUAAUAAACUGAAAGUGGUUAAGAAGCAGACAUGCCCAUUACAGACUGGGGAUGUGAUCUAUGUUGUUUACAGAAAAAAUGAGCCAGAGAACAAUGUUGCUUAUCUUUAUGAAUCCUUAAACACAAAACAUGAUGCAACUCAAGAACCAGUAGAAGUUAAUGUAGAAAACCAAUGCCAUGUGACCAAAGAUACCUCAAGUACAGGAAGAAGUAAUGAUGAGACCCAAAUUACCUCAUCACCGUCAGCUACUCAGCCUUGCUAUGAGGAACCACAGCCAUCUACUUCUACAUCUAACCUCUUUAAUGCUUCUUCUACCUCUCUUACUGAGUCUGCAUCUGUUCAGCAUGAUAAUCCAUCUUCAUCUGGCUCACAGUCCCCAGUUGUCACUCCUGUGCCUGCUUUGCCCAUCUCAGAAUCUCAGUGUGUAAGAGCACUGCACAACAAGCACGAACAGCUGGAUAUGGAUGUUGAAACUUCUGCAGUCACUUCAGAAAUCACUGACAAAGAAGAAGCAGAAUCGGAUUCUCAAAGGACAGGGGAGGAGGAAGGUUUGGAACCUGCAAAGAAGAAGCUAAAAGGAGAUGAAGGCACUUGUCCAAAUCUUUCACCAGCACCUCCAAGUGAAUGUAUAAUUAAAAUUGGCUCUGAAGAUGCAAAAACAUCAAAUGUGAAACCAGAUAAGAUGGAAGAAACAUUAACUUGCAUUAUCUGCCAAGAACUGCUGCAUGACUGUGUAAGCUUGCAGCCCUGCAUGCAUACUUUUUGUGCUGCCUGCUACUCAGGAUGGAUGGAAAGAUCUUCCCUGUGUCCAACUUGUCGUUGUCCGGUAGAACGUAUUUGUAAAAACCACAUCUUGAACAACUUGGUUGAAGCUUAUCUGAUUCAGCAUCCAGAUAAGUGCCGCAAUGAGGACGACGUUCGCAGCAUGGACGCCAGGAACAAGAUCACUCAGGACAUGCUGCAGCCCAAGGUGCGCAGAUCUUUCUCAGACGAGGAGGGAAGUUCUGAAGAUUUGCUGGAAUUGUCAGACGUGGAUAGUGAAUCUUCAGAUAUCAGUCAACCAUACAUAGUGUGCAGACAGUGCCCAGGGUAUAGAAGACACUCUGUCCCAACUGUGCCUGGCACAGGCCAGGAGACAGAGGCAGGAGGAAUGCAGGCACUGGGAGAUGCACCAUCAACAUCUGCCAACUUCCCUGCAGCUGUCCAGGAAUAUGUGUGUCCUGCUCAAGGAAGUCAUGUAAUAUGCACCUGCUGCUUUCAGCCAAUGCCUGACCGCAGAGCAGAGCGGGAGCAGAAUCCUCACGUUGCUCCUCAGCAAUGUACAGUUUGUCUGCAACCCUUCUGUCACUUGUACUGGGGCUGCACUCGGAUGGCAUGUUUUGGCUGUUUGGCACCAUUCUGUGAAAUAAAUCUUGGUGAUAAGUGUUUAGAUGGAGUCCUAAAUAACAACCACUACGAGUCAGACAUCCUAAAGGAUUACCUGGCAUCCAGGGGUCUGACAUGGAAAAACAUGUUGAAUGAAAGCCUCUUAGCUCUUCAGAGAGGAGUGUUUAUGUUGUCAGAUUACAGAAUUACUGGGGACACGGUGCUUUGCUACUGUUGUGGCCUUCGCAGCUUCCGAGAACUCGCCUACCAGUACAGGCAGAAUAUUCCUGUUGCUGAACUGCCAGUGACUGUCACGUCCCGUCCUGAUUGUUACUGGGGGCGCAACUGUCGAACUCAGGUCAAAGCACAUCAUGCCAUGAAAUUCAAUCACAUUUGUGAGCAGACCCGAUUCAAGAACUGAAUACCUGUAGUCUGUGGAGGGGGGACAAAAACCUGUUACACUGCUUGUACAGUUUAAGGUUUCAGGGGAUCUUCUCAGUUCCCCCAUAGCAGGGAAUCAAUGAUUUUUGCAUCAGGUAGUCUGAUGUGAAAUUUUUAAUUUGUAGAAUUUUACAGCUGUACAUGAAUAAGGUAGAUUUUUUUUCUUUUUCCCAAGGUAGUCCAGCAGGCAUUACAUUCCAUCCUCAUGACUACAGUGUCCCUGUGUCACUUCAGUGAAGAACACAAACAGAAAUCACCCACACAAAAACCAGCCAUAUCUUGGGAUGACCUAAGAAUAAGGAGUGUAUUUGCACUACUUGUGGAGAAACUAAGAAAAAUCCUUAGACUUAAAAUAGAGAAGUUUUGUAAAAGUAUCUGAUGGGUAUUUCAAGAGCCAUUAAUAUUUAAGAAGGAAGUUGUCAGUGUGUAUUUGUAACUGCAUUUUGCAUUAGUCUGAUCUUUUGUUGCCACCCAUUGCAUUUGGGCUGGAAACCACAUGAACACUCAUUCAGAAACAUCCACCCAUUGAACAGCUCCUCCAGCUUAAACCCUCUGCCAUCUGUGCAGUGUUACAGUGGAGGUAGGGCAGUCUCUUUUCUUAGUUUAGACAUGUUGAUGUUUUUAUUCGCGUGAGAUUACAAAAAGAAUUGCACAAAAGUUUGAAAAUCACAUUUAAAGUUGGGGUAUUACUUGAAGCAGAACAGACUUCUGCUAAUAUUACUUCUGUAUUGUUUUAUAUCAGAAGACCAAACAGUGCUUUUGACAUGGAGCAGCCAGUAGGACACACUGGUUCCUUUUUUUUUUUUGUAUUUCUUUUUUUGUUUGAUACCGUGUGCUGAAUAUGUACCUCUGCAAUGCAGCUGUUCUCUAGCAUGCAUACACUGGUGAAAAUGUAGAAAAAGCUAUCAUUUAAAACAGAAUAUAGCAGCUUUACUGGAAGGAACCAUCUUACACACAAAAAAAAAGUCAGUUUGGAGAAAUUGUAGCAAUAUGGAGGCAUUUCUGGAUAGGGAUGGAGAUAGGGAUGAUGAAGGGGAACACUGGUGUCUCUGACAUAAUAAAUGUAGAUUUCUUUUUUCAUGCCUUCUGCAGAGCUCAUUCAGGAGAUGUCCCAAGUGUCAUUAAAAAUAAGAAAAAUCCCCACCCUCCCCUCCCCCUGAAUUGCUGUGAUCUAAUCUGUUUCAUCACAGUCUGAUUGCCAGUGUUGACAAACCUCAACUGGGACCAAUUGUUUUCCUUUUCCAUCACACCUAGAAGAGUGAAGCAGAAUGAGAAGAAAGCAUACAAAGUUACCUCUGUAGAUAUCAUGUUGUUUUUGAGUAUGCCUUAUUUUAGGAGCAGGAUUUAUACUUGGAUGUUAAAAGAGUGCACACACAAUAUCUUGUGAUAUAAUGGAGCACAAAUGAUGCAGCACAUCGUGUCUACUGGUUGCAGUGAAUUAAACAACUAUUUCCAGCAAUGCACAUGUUAAUAUGAAUGCUAAUUAGAAUUAUGUCUUUCUGUUUAGAUUUUUAUUUUUUAAAAAUAGCUGUUGCAAGGAUGGGUCUGUUGACCAUGCCUGUAUGCUAUUAAAAUACACUUUGGUGUGGA